GGGGUUUCGCCCUGCGGGCAGGGUAGGCUGCGGCGCGGGGGAAGGAGACGCUGCCCUUCCGCGGCCAUGGCGCGCGGCGGCGGGGGGAACAGGGCGCGCAGGGGGGCAGCGCGCGCGGCCAACCACCCCCCUCCCCCCUCCCCCUGCGGAGGAUUGCUGCACGAAGGCUGACCUCAGGACUCUGAGCCCAAUGUCGGAGGAAAGCUGCAUUUCCCUGUGAGCGGCUCACGCAGCAUCCAGAAGUACCCUUCCCACCUGAUGCUCCCGGAGGUGCUGAGGUCCUCGUUCAGCCAUGGCAUUUAGAAGGACCGAGGGAAUGUCCAUCAUCCAGGCCUUGGCAAUGACCGUGGCAGAGAUCCCUGUGUUUGUUUACACGACGUUUGGGCAGUCUGUCUUCUCUCAGCUGCGGCUCUCCCCAGGCCUACGUAAGGUGCUGUUUGCUACAGCUCUCGGGACGGUUGCGUUGGCUCUUGCAGCUCAUCAGCUGAAGCGGCGUCGGCGUCGAAAGAAGCAGAUUGCUCCAGACAAGUGUGGCUUUAAGCCUGGAGGCAUCACAGUGCCCAUCCUGCCAACGAGAAGGGUCUCUUCCGUGAAGAAAGGGUACUCCAGCAAGAGAGUCCAGAGUCCCGGCAGCAAGAGCAAUGACACGCUCAGCGGGAUAUCGUCCAUCGAGCCCAGCAAACAUUCCAGUUCCUCCCACAGCCUCGCCUCGAUGGUAGCAGUGAACUCUUCGAGUCCAACACCAGCAGCAGCAGGGCCGUGGGAGGCCCAGGCAAUGGGGGACGCUGGAGCUGGGGGUGAUUCCAGCGCAGAGAGCCUCUACGUGCAAGGCAUGGAGCUGUUCGAGGAGGCCCUGCAGAAGUGGGAGCAGGCACUGACCAUCCGGCAGCGAGACAGUGCUAGCACUAGCACCCCCGUGCCCUGGGACAGCAAGAAGCACCAAGACACUCUGUCUGAGAGCAUCCCAGAGGGGGAGUCCCAGAAAAGGGAGUUUGCAGAGAAGUUGGAGUCCCUCUUGCACCGAGCCUACCACCUCCAGGAAGAGUUUGGGUCUUCGCUUCCAUCGGACAGCAUGCUGCUGGAUCUGGAGAAAACCUUAAUGCUGCCACUGACGGAUGGGUCGUUACGGCUUCGGACGGAUGAUGAGGACAGCUCCAUUUCUGAGGACUCCUUCUUCUCUGCAGCAGAGCUCUUUGACUCCCUUCACUUUGAGGAAAUACCCUUCCAUCUCUCGAAGCCAGUGGCGGCAUAUGAAGAAGCUCUGCAGUUAGUGAAAGAAGGGAAGGUUGCGUGCCGGACGCUGAGGACUGAGCUCCUCGGCUGCUACAGUGACCAGGAUUUCCUUGCGAAGCUGCACUGCGUCAGGCAGGCCUUCCAGGAGCUGCUGGAGGAUGAAAGCAAUCAGCUGUUUUUUGGGGAGGUUGGGAAGCAAAUGGUGAUAGGACUGAUGACAAAGGCUGAAAAGAAUCCCAAAGCUUUUCUGGAAAGCUACGAGGAGAUGCUGCACUACGCGCUGAAGCCAGAGACCUGGCCAACCACCCAGCAGGAGCUGGAGGGAAGAGGGGUGGUGUGCAUGAGCUUCUUUGAUAUUGUGCUGGACUUUAUCCUCAUGGAUGCUUUUGAGGACCUGGAGAAUCCACCCUCCUCUGUGCUGGCUGUGCUGCGCAACCGCUGGCUCUCCGACAGCUUUAAGGAGACGGCCCUAGCAACUGCCUGUUGGUCAGUUCUGAAAGCAAAAAGGAGGCUUCUGAUGGUACCAGAUGGCUUUAUCUCUCAUUUCUACUCCGUAUCGGAGCAUGUCAGUCCUGUUCUAGCCUUUGGUUUUCUGGGGCCCAAGCAGCAGCUCUCUGAAGUCUGUGGUUUCUUCAAGCACCAGAUAGUGCAAUAUCUGAAGGACAUGUUUGAUUUCGACAACGUGAGGUACACGACAGUGCAGCUGCUGGCAGAAGACAUCUUGCAGCUGUCGCGGCGGCGCAGUGAGAUCCUCUUGGGAUAUCUGGGCACUGAGAGCUCCCCCGAGAUGAACGGCACCCUUCCUGGUGAAAACGAGCCACUGAAGGAGCUCAUCUGAUGUCAGUCAGAGAAGGAAAAUGGUUUUGUACAAGGACUCUUUUCCUCCCAGAGUUGGAUAAAACUACCUGCAAUGUUCAGUGGUGGCCACGAGACUAUCUCAACACGCAGCAACCUGGUGGGACCUUCUCCUUUUUGUAGCCAGUACUGUUUGCUGGGAUGGAUCCAGGACCACUUGCCAGCUUAUGGUUUGAAUUUCUUCUUUGUUCCACCCUCCUUUUUAUUAUUAUUUUUAAUGUGUCAUAACCCACAAACUGUCUGGGCUGAGAUUUUUGCCCAAGUAUCAUGAAUAGGGCAACAUACGUACCUGUGCUGCCUGUGUGUUAUCUGGCAGAUAGAUGAUCCCUGAUGUUUACGAUUGUGUGGGGUGCAGGAACAUCACUGGUAAAUUCUCCACUUGACCUGUAGCUUCUCAAGGUUUAUUCUGCUUUGGGAUUUUUAUUAUAACUAUUUCUCUGCUGUAUUUCCACUGACAUUACUGCUGAUUUUACUUUACAUAUUUUAGCACAUGUAAUGUGACUAGCAAGGAUUUUUCUUCCCAGGGAGGAAGAAAUAGUUCUGUAAAGCACUGAAGUAAAAUGCAGACUUCUGUAAGCGGCCUGAAGCUCUAAGGAAGUUGGUCUGUUCCCUCUGUGUUGCUGUUCUUCACAGGCCAGGUGACUUGCUCUGUGCUGCGGUCAUCUUUCCUUAGGAGAUUGCUGAGGUCUACGUUUGCCCUUAAGGCAAGCUAGCAGGAGGAGGGGGAGGAUUUGCAUCCUGCCUGUGCAUGCACGAAGUCUUUAACAUCCAUCCAAGUGCCUUGCUGUAUUUCAGAAUUAGUCAGUAGCAGUUUUCACUGGGUAGGAGGUGCAGGGUGUGAAGUACACAAGCAGAGGGAACUGGUGUAGAACUGGUGUUCUGUGGUGCUCGUUCCUAUUACGCACAAGGCAAGAAGACACAUACAGCUGGAUGCGAUGUGCAGGUAGAUGGGGAACUGGGAUCAAGCUGCUAGAGAGGAAACAACUCUUAUUUAUUUUGUUUAUCCUGAGAAACAUAAUAUAGUUUUGGUUAUAUAGCAAAUGCAUGUGUAUCUAUGUCCUCGUAGUGCUGAGAUGGGCUCUUCUCACACGAUGUGAUGCUGACAGCACAGCUGGCUCCUGAAGUCUGCCUGCUUUAGAUCGCGUGCUGAAUUGGAUACCAGCAGCAUUUGAGUAUGCUGGACUUGGAAGUCCUGGCUUUUGUGCAAUGCUUGCAGAGAUUUUCUGAGUCCUCUGUGAUUGUAAUGCCACAGAGGCUGCACCCUGGGCCUUCCUGUCCUUUGUCCUGUUUUAGUCCACGCGAGGCUCCAAAUCCCAGGCUCAGAAUGAGGAGGUAUUCAGGAGGAAGAAAAUGGGGACUUUGACAAAAACAUGGGCUUUGCUGGUUUUCUCCAGAUUGAUUGGUUAUCCCUUGUGCUGUCCCAGAUAAAAAGCACAAGUCUUAUCUAGCCAUAUUUUUGUAAGGGGAAAAAAAAACUGGAGUUUCCACAGGAGCGGAAAAUCAGUGCAUGGAUUUGAAGAAUACAAUUUUCUUCUUCCUUCCUCUUCAGAUGCCUAAUGUGGAUUCCGCUGGCAAAUGUGGGAAGGAAGUAAGCAGGGAAAGAGUAAACAAGAGGAUGUAAAAGGAGUAAAUAAUGCUCCUGGGAUGCUUGCAAGAGGGCAAGUGCACAGCACAUAACAUCUGUUCUGUAAGCACAUCAGACCAAUGUGUCUUAUGCUGACAACUAGGUUUAAUGCAAUAAACAAAGACAAUGUUGAGGCAGAAAGGAGGAGCAGCUGAGCUGAGUGAGGCUGCGUGAAAUAAAUUGUUAUGGGAAGGAUUUAAGAGAGCAACUGGAACUAGGAAAGGUCUCUGAGGUGUCUGGCUUCUGGCAGCACGUAGUGAGAGAGGAAACAGGAUGUUGCGUAAGCAUGGCACACCUGUUAUAUGUAAACUGUGAUUUGAAAGUAUGCUCAAUUCUGGAAGCAAGUUACUUUGCCAAAAGUAUUUCAUAGUGCUUUGUGCUCUUGUAUGGCAGGUUUAUUAGGAAGAGAAACUUCAGCAGCUUUGUAUAGUGGUUAAAAAGAUGCUAAAAUGUGAAGAUUGAUAUAAUAAGAUGGGUUGUAAUUCUAAACAAUCAGGGCUGUUCACUUCAGAUUUUUAGUGUUGUUUUAUGUGUAUUUAUUUAGUACUUUGGGUGUCUUUAGGCCUCGGUGCUUGGGGCAGCCUGCCCACUUUGUGUACGGCCGAGGACGGUGAUGGCUGCCUCCGGUCUUUUUGCAUCAUCACAGGAGAGGACGCUAAAACAGGGUCCUCGUGAAGCAAAUGCUAACGUGCAUUGUAGCUUUUUAAAUUAAAACUGUAAAUUCCUAAUCAAUGAAAUGGAAGACAAUUGUAUUACAGUUUUAUUCUUUCCCUCAGCCCUUAUUCCACAUGGGGUGUACUGCCCUUCCAGUGAAGGUAAAGAUGGAUGUUCCCCAAGAACAUCUGCAGCUUUUUGUAGCCCCUUCCACGCACUGUUACCAACUUGUUCCUGCAUAAGCCAUGGAUGUCUGCUGAGACAAACUGACUUGCUAUUUCUUGGGGACAAUGUUAAACUUCUCUAUGCUGCCCAUUCCUGUUUGAUUACUGCGCUUUCUCCCUCCCCAAUCCCACUCUAGCUUGAGAGGAAAAGCAAAAGAAAGAUGCUUUAGCCUCUAGAGGGUACUGUUGAGAUCAGCGGGUUCAGAGGAGAUAUUCCUGUGCAAGAAGCUCUCUGACCUUAGAGGUAUUGGUCUGUCUCCCGCUGCCUUCAGCUCCUUUUGGAUGUGAACUCGAGCAGGGGUUUGGGCUGCUCCCACUAAUCCCUUCCAGAGCUGUGCUUGGCUGAAAUGGCAACCAACUCAUCUGCUUUGCAGGGCAGAGUAAAAUGUUAGGACUGAGCAACUGUUUCCUCUCCAGCUUAGUCAGGGGACACUAGAAAAUCUUUUUUUCCUCACAUAUUGUGCUUAACAAAGGAACUACUUCAGUAUUAGCAGCAGAUGAGAUGUAUUUGGAUAGAUCUCAGGAGAUAUGAUAUUUGCCGCUUUCAUAAUGAACCCUUAUUCUCAAGGGGUUAAAUCAUGCUGGGCUGACACUUGUGAGAUUUUAACAUUGAUGGGGAUUUGAAAUGGCUUACCAGCUAUGAAAUAAAACCCUUCACUAGUUUCUGAUGCUUAAACAGAACUUCAAAUAUGCAUGACUUUCAUUUUUAUGUGGAGGUUGCUGUAACAAGCUUCACUAGUGGUUAAAGUACAUACUCAGUACUUCAGUAUGUAUGCAGAGACUAUACCACAUGGCUCUAGGAGGGUCUCUAUAAUCUUUAAAGCCAAAAUAUAUUAAUAAAAAAAAAAAUGAGGAAAAGUCUGCCUUCUUGUAUCUACAAGACCAGCGUGGCUGUGAAAAGCAUGACUUGUGCUGUCUUAUACAAGGAUGUGGGAAAGUAGGAUUUUAUUUACCCCUCUUCGGUUGAACAUUCCUCUGCCAUAUCAAACUAAUGAAUGUGCCUAUUGUGUCUAUUUUUUUCUUGAUUUCCUAAGGGUGUACAAAUCUAUUUGUGUUUUGCUUCUUUUCUUCAUCUUUGCAGCUAUUUCUUUUAAUACCUCUAAUCUUAGGAUGUGGGCAUUACAAGCAAAAUAAAACUUUCCUUCACGACCAUG